AUUAGGAAUGAAUAAUGUCGAGAUAUCGGAGAAAUUUCUAAAACCGUUCUACAAGGUUUUCAUUGGACAGCUAAGGCAGUGUGUUUGGGAAGGAGACUGUUAUCACCUACUGCUAGAUGAGAAAACCACUCUGGACUGUCACAUGAUCUGGGUUCAGGGUGUUGUAGUAUCCUGUGACGGGCAGGACGGAUUGGUUCUCCAGGAUACGGAUGGGUCUACGGUCCAGGUCAUCAAUAUCUCCUUUUCUCCAGGUAUUCAAUUAGUGAAGAUAUUUAGAGAUGGAUGGAUUACUAUUUACUUUUGUUAUUGCCAUUUCUGUAAUGUCGUCAUGGCUCUAUUGACAUUUGCGCUAUGGUCAUUUACUCUAGUACCAUUAUUUCUAUUACAAGUUUUUUUUAUUGCCAUUUGCUUUACUUUAAUUUACUUUAGUACCAUUAUCUCUAUUGCCAUUUUUCUAUUAAAUGCCUCUUUAAACAACGCUUCAGUACUUCACCAUUUCCCCUCUCCAUCAUUCUCCCCUCUCCAUCUGCUCCUCUCUCCAUCUGCUCCCCUCCACCAUUAUUCCACCUCCGCCAUUCUCCCCUCUUGACCAUUCUUGCACCUGCUCCAUUCUUUCCUCUCCAGUA